CAAUUAGACAAUAACAUUGUACCAUAGUCUCAGUGACCUAUUUUCGGCGGGAAAUAGGUACUAGCAUACUAGCAUAGUACAAGCUCCUGUCUUAUGCUUGAUUACAUUGUAGUGUUUGAGUUUAGCCAAACACGUCUAGACCUGAUAGAGACUUAAUAAAACUUAAUCGACUAAAUUAUCGGAAUAAACCUGGAAGGAAAAAUACCGCUGCUGAAUUAUCUGAGAUUGAAUAUUAAUUAUUAAUCUUGUUGGCUGGGUUAAUUAAUCAUUAGUAUUAUCGAUAGCUAGUUAACCCUCAGCAACAGAAAAGGACAACAUGGCGGCUGGGAAGAUGUGCAUCAGGAAGAGCAAGGAGGAAACUGCUGAGUGGACGGGGUUGUUCCCGAAUGACUUGAAAACUGAGCAGGAGUCCCUGGUGUUCGUCAAGAGGAUGAUGGCUGUAGCAGUCUCCUCCAUCACCUACCUCAGAGGGAUUUUUCCAGAGGAUGCGUACAGAUCCAGAUACCUGGAAGAUCUAUGCAUCAAAGUUUUGCGUGAGGACUGCAACAUCUCUGGAGCCAGCAAGAUUGUGAAAUGGAUGAUGGGUUGUUUUGAUGCAUUAGAGAAACAGUAUGUGUACACCAAUCCUGAAGAACCUAAUUGCAUUAUUGAGUCGUACCAGUUCAAAUUUAAAUACACUGAGAAGGGGCCAGAAAUGGAUGUACUCAGGAACAACGAUGUGGAGAUGCAGGUGACACUGGAGGACACCAAGAGAGCGUCGGUGCUGCUCAUCAGGAAGCUCUUCCUGCUCAUGCAGAACCUGGACGUCCUCCCUAACAAUGUCUGUCUCACCAUGAAGCUCUACUAUUAUGAUGACGUCACCCCUGCUGACUACCAACCACCAGGCUUCAAGGAGGGCGAAUGUGACAGCCUCUGGUUUGAAGGCAUGGCUGUGCACUUCAAGGUGGGAGAGGUGAAGACGGCCUUCCACACCUUGAGAGUGCGUGUGUCAGCAGAACAAGGCCGGAUGGAGCGGCUUCAGGACGGGAACCACCUGAGGGAGACCAAGUUGGAUGCUCAGAAGAAUCCUCCAGAGAAGGAAACAAUCAAGGAUCUUCAUAAGAAAGUGUAUGACGAGGAGGAUCUACCCUCUGAAGAUGAGUCUGCACAGUUUAAGAAACCUACAAGACCUCUGGCAAAGAGACGUGCAGCUGCAAAAAAUCUGGCGAGGAAGAAAAGACGAAUUUAGCCACAACAUUCAUCAAAACACUCUUCCAGUAAUGUUAACACAACAAACAUUUCUUUUUUUCUGCAAUGUAAAACUCUGUUUAAUGUUAUGUUACCAUUGAUUUGAUAACCAAACUGUGUUAAGAGGGGUUCCUGACAUAAUUAUCUCUACCCACAAGGCAGAAUGUUAACGUCUGCUCUUCAUUUAGACAACAUUGUACAAAAAGCUUCAUGAUAUGUACAAUCUAAAUGAAUUAAAUAUAUACAAUGUUCA